UAUCUCUGUAUCUAUUGCCCCUCACAGACACACACACACUCUCUCUCUUUCUCUCUCUAUUUUCUCUGUUUCUUUCUCUCACUCACUUUCUCUGUCCAGAAUGCCUCUAUUCUCCUGUGUCGGUAACACUGUGAUAGAAAGGUUAUAGAGAAGAGAAGCAUUGAUAGGCAUAAAUUGUGAGAGACAGAAGAGAAAGCAGAGAGAAAGUUUUUUCCAUGUUUGGGAGAGAGAGAUCUGCAACAUAAGUGUCAUUCCCAACAAGGGCAUUGCAGAUUUUUAUUUCCAUUUCAACGCCAUACAAAAAGCUCACACCUUCACACAUCCUCUAAAACUUUCAUUCCUUCAACUUUUUCUUCUCACUUUCUCUCACCAGAAUGGUUGAUUCAGAGCCAAAGUUCUUCAUCCCGGAGUCAAUCCAGGGCGUCAAUUUCGACGUCACGGCACAGAUGAGGAUGGUCUGGGAGGUCAUAAAGGCGCCGCUCAUCGUGCCGCUGCUCAACUUGGCGGUGUACAUUUGCCUCGCCAUGGCCCUCAUGCUCUUCAUGGAGAGGGUUUACAUGGGCAUUGUCAUCAUCCUCGUCAAACUCUUCUGGAAGAAACCCCACCAACGCUACAAGUUCGAACCCCUCCAAGAAGACGAGGAACUCGGCAACACCAACUUCCCCGUCGUCCUUGUUCAGAUUCCCAUGUUCAACGAAAAAGAGGUGUACAAGGUGUCAAUUGGAGCAGCCUGUAAUCUCUCAUGGCCCGCGGAUCGUCUUGUGAUUCAAGUGCUCGACGAUUCAACUGACCCUGCCAUCAAGCAAAUGGUGGAGAUGGAAUGCCAGAGAUGGGCAAGCAAAGGGAUAAACAUAACAUACCAAAUCAGAGAGACUCGAGGAGGAUACAAAGCUGGUGCUCUAAAAGAAGGUCUAAAACGUAGCUAUGUGAAACAUUGCGAGUACGUGGCAAUUUUUGAUGCUGAUUUUCGUCCAGAACCAGAUUUUCUCAGACGUUCCAUUCCUUUCUUGGUGGGCAACCCCGACAUUGCUCUUGUUCAAGCUCGUUGGAGAUUUGUGAAUGCUGACGAGUGUUUGUUGACAAGAAUGCAAGAGAUGUCCCUGGAUUACCAUUUCACUGUAGAGCAAGAAGUUGGGUCAGCCACUCAUGCUUUCUUUGGUUUCAACGGAACUGCUGGUAUUUGGAGAAUAGCUGCUAUUAAUGAAGCUGGAGGGUGGAAAGACAGAACAACAGUGGAAGAUAUGGAUCUUGCUGUUCGUGCUAGUCUUAGGGGAUGGAAAUUUUUGUACCUCGGAGACCUCCAGGCAAAAAGUGAGCUUCCAAGUACUUUGAGAGCCUUUAGAUUCCAGCAGCACAGAUGGUCUUGUGGUCCUGCAAAUUUGUUCCGCAAAAUGGUUAUGGAGAUAGUAAGGAACAAGAAAGUUAGAUUCUGGAAGAAAGUGUACGUUAUAUACAGCUUCUUCUUUGUUCGAAAAAUCAUAGCUCACAUGGUCACUUUCUUCUUCUACUGUGUUGUGAUUCCUCUCACAAUCUUGGUCCCUGAGGUUCACGUUCCCAUAUGGGGAGCUGUUUAUAUUCCUUCCGUCAUAACCAUUCUCAAUUCAGUAGGAACACCAAGGUCUAUUCACCUUCUGUUCUAUUGGAUCCUCUUUGAGAAUGUGAUGUCUUUGCACCGUACAAAGGCAACAUUUAUAGGUCUCUUAGAGUAUGGGAGAGCUAAUGAAUGGGUUGUGACUGAAAAACUUGGUGAUUCUGUCAACAGCAAUAACAAGAAUAAAUCAGGAGAUGCUGCCAAGAAGAAUGUUGCCACCAAGGCACCCAAAAAGACUCGAUCCAAAUUUGUUGAAAGACUUAACUUACUGGAGCUGGGAUUUGCUGCAUUCCUCUUUGUAUGUGGUUGCUAUGAUUUUGUGCAUGGGAAGCACAACUACUUCAUCUACCUCUUCCUUCAGACCAUAACAUUCUCAAUUGUAGGAUUUGGCUAUGUUGGCACCAUUGUGUAAAGCUCAAUGAGCCAAAUUCUGAAAAAAAAAAAAAUACUAAGUUUCAUCAAUCAAUGUUGUGUCCAUAUUUUUCUAGUUUCUCCUCAAAAAAAUACAUCAUGGGGGGCUGAUUUCUUCAACCAACAAAAGCUGUGCCAAAGCAUCUACACUACAGCUAGUUUAGAGCAAAUCAUUUUCAACUUUGAAAACAAAUUAAAAGUCCAUUGCCAUCCAUCAAGAAGAUACAAAAAUCACAGGCAAAGUGCUGUUAUUACUAGAAUUGCAUCUCACAGGCUUAAGGACAGCUAUUAUGAAGAUGUACCAAAAAGUUCUUAAGUUAGAGCCUUAGACAUCAUAAGUAGACAGUGUGAUUUUGUUUGCAUAGAUUGUUUUGUGAGAUCUUAUAGUUAUAUAUUUUUCGUGAGUCUUUUUAUUUAUUAGGUUUGCUUAGUCUGAGCCAAAUAAUGUGGUGGAUUAAAAUGCACUUCUAAUUCAUGUUAUUUGUCAUUUUUUUUCCCCAAGGAAUGAAUUCUAUUUACCAUACAUC